AUGGAGGUAUUACCCAAGAAAGGAAAGAAGGCGUGUACUAUGUGCCGCCAGCAAAAGGCUAAAUGCGAUGUCUGGCGGGAUGAGAGUGUACCAUGUACCCGAUGCCGCAAACGCAGUCUCGAGUGCACUAUAGAUGACAGCUUCACAAGAGAGCAUAAACGUCGCCGAUACAUCGAAUUGGAACACGAGAAUGAGCAGUGGCGCCAACAACUGCAGAACUCCCAGCAGUUGAACUCCCAGCAGUUGAACCCUCAGCAGUUGAACCUCCAGCAGUUGAACCCCGAUUCCGUGCCAAUUGCGUUAUGCACAGCGCCAUCAGAACUAAGUGUACCAGCUGUGUUGAAGUCGGAUGCCCAACUUGACGAUUCGCAGGAUUUGAAUUUGUCGCUGACCCAUCCUCAAUAUCAUCUUGCACCAGCGGGCUCCACACCGGGUGCGAUGAUGGGAGGGAAUGAUCCCACAAUGCCACGUUCACUGAAAAGUGUUACCGUUUCAGAUGCCGAGAUUGAUGACCUGUUUCAAUUAUUCUUCCGUCACUAUGCCUCAUUCCUCCCGAUCCUUGAUGUACAGACGAAACCGAACGUGUAUUACGCGCAGUCUCCAUUUCUGUUUUGGGCUGUCAUUGGCGUCUCCAGCCGGUCAUAUACCCGGAAUCCGACCUUGAACACCGCGCUGGCCCAGGAGGUCACAGAAAUGGCACUGCUGUCGGUCUUGUCGACGUGCGCGCCGUGGUACACCAUACAGGGACUCUUGCUCCUGUUGACAUGGCCGUUUCCCAAAGAGAAUCGUCCAGAUGUGACAUUCCCUCUGAGCGGAAUGCUGUUGCAUGUGGCGAUGCAAAACGGUUUCCAUAUCCCGAUGUCAAGCCAUGAAUUUUCCCGAUUCAAGAUUCCGGUGUCGUCAGAGUUGGAUAUGGUCCGACGCUCGGAGCUCUGGGCUCAUUGUGUCCUUGUAUACCAACGGUCUUGUGUGAUCAAAGGGCAGUCUCCGCGAAAUCUGGUCAGUUUAGCACAGGAUACAAUCCAACGCCAGGUGCUAUUUGACAAGAUUGCUCCACACCUGGUUCAGAAACUCAGAUGUCAGGAGGUUGUUGGGAAAUGCAGCGAGGCUGUUCUGGAAAAUGGAGUCCGUGCCAUGUCUCUGGAUCAGGAGCUGGCUUUGGACAUCUUGCUACGGAAGUAUGAGGGAGUGGUAGACGAUAUUGCUUUGCAGGCAGUAGUCGAUGACGAGAGGCAUUACCUUCUCCUUUGCCGGAUGGCAAUCCAAAGCUUCUAUUUCUACAAAAAUCAAACACUCGUCUCUAGCGGAUGUCUUCCGCGUCUUAUCGUCACCGCUUGCAACUUGAUAGACUAUGUUCAAGCCUUGGCGGAUCGUAUGGGAUCUCUCUUCAUGGCACCUGUUCAAAUAUGCUUCGGUCUGCUGCUGGCUUCGAUGUCACUGUUGCGGAUUCUCAAAAACGAUUCUGCCUCCAGCGGACUUGAUACAAGCCGUGCACAAGCUUCUUUCUUCACCGCCAUCAAUUUAGCCAAGCAAAUGUCCACCGACAGAAGCGAUUCAGCUGCUAAGAUGGUCACGGUCUUGAAUCAACUCUGGAAUAGCAGCAAGGCAUUCCGCAAAUCGGAUGGCUCGUAUCACACCACACUUCGAAUUCGCAGUCGCCUGAUUCUCAGUCUGAUAUUGGAUGCUGUCUGGUGGUGGCGUGAUGAGUAUGACCCUCACAUGCGCCCUCACGUGCGCACCAAAAUGCGAGGGACGGAGUUCGUUGAUGGUCCCUCCCGAACGAACAUGCUUCCGGGCUUUGACGCAGGGCGUGCUACCAUGGGACCAGACCCCACUCGGGACUCCACUGGGGAUAUGAUUCAGCACGCGGCUCCUCUACAAGGAGAAUUCCAGAUCAACGAGGACUACUUCACUAACUUUGAGUGGCUGAGCGAUGAAAUCUUCUCAUUUCCUCCGGAUUCGUCGUUGACGAGCAAUCUUUAG